UGGACUCUUUGCCUUGAGCGGCUCUCUACCCUCUCUCACUUGCUUGCCCCCCUGGCCUUGCUUCAACGCCAAUGCUUGCUUCACCCCACCCAACCCCACCCCCAAGUCCUUUUCUUUUUGCCUUCGUUUUCCCCUUUUCGGCCCUCUCCCUAUCUCCUUGUGGCCAUCUGUGUGGGUCAGGAAGCGAUCGGAGAUCUUGGAAACCUGCAUCGAAGUUGAUGUUGUUGAUGUUGUUGUUUGCCAAUUCGGUCUCCAGUGUUGAGAAUUGAUUGAUCGUUGGGAGGAGUCACUUGAGGUGACGUGACUGAGAGAGGUGGAGAGUUCGUUUGUGGGGUUCAGGAAAAAAACACGCCGAGAGCGGUGCCGAGAGGUGGGGGUCAGUGAACACCAGGGGUGUGGUCACUGGCGUGAGUGUGUGGGGUAGAGGGUCGGGGAUUUUGGAAUCGGGUGGGUGUUGUGAGAGACGGAGGUUGCUUCGCUGGGACGUCUUCCAGGACCCGGUUUUAGGUGAGCGCAAGUGCUGGGAUUGUAGGUGAGUGAGUGCACUUUUUCGCAGCUAUGGUUGCCUAUGCGUGGCAUUAUUCAAAAGUGACGGUACAGAUAUCCGUAAGUAGUCCAUUGUGCAUUGCGAGGAAUGUCGCGGGAGAUGUUGAGGGCGCAGUGGAAUAGAUGUGAUGUCUUUCGGGAAGUGGAGUGACUCGCAUUGAGUGGCGAAUGGGGGUUGAAAGACGUGCCAAUCUCGCAAUUUUUUUUUGUUGUGGUUGUUUCGUAGCGGUUUUCCUCCGAAGCACUCUACUCGUGCACUAUUAGCUUCAAAUGGAGGUUCUAGGCAAAAGAUUGCGAGCAUCCAUGCCUACCGGGACAUCCCCACAAGUUCUUGAGACUUCCGGGCAGGAAUACCCCAGCCAGAUUUUGCACUCCCUCCCGGACCAACUGGCUAUGAAAUGUCUUGCCCGGGUUCCUCUCUCCAGCCUUCGAGGUGUCAGCAAGACAUGGCAGAAUGUCAUCUAUGAUCCUUACUUCCAGAGCCUCAGGACAACGAAUGGAAGGUCCCAACUGGAAUGGGUCUACGCAUUGGUGCAGUCGCAGGACAAGAGCUUCCGAUGGCGAGCAUUCGAUCCACUCUCUAGCGUGUGGUAUGACUUGCCUCCAACGCCGUACCCUAUGGAGUUUCAGCUCCACAAUCCUGGGUGCAUUGGAGUCUCGUACUUCGUACAAUGUGCCAGUACACUGGACAAACUAGUCAUGGUGGCGGGUUUGAAGGCCAAGAAAGAUGGAAGGAACAGGAUGAUCAUGGAGCCAGCUCUGGAACAACCAUACAUAUUCGACACCCGGACGAGUGAAUGGAAGCUGGGGACGCGUUUCAGUGUGCCACGGAAAUGGUGUGUCUGUGGGGUGGUUCAGGAGAAGGUGUACGUCGCAAGCGGGUCUGGAAAGGACUGGGACCGAGAAGUGUCCAAGUCUGCCGAAUUCUAUAACCUUGUGAACGAUAAUUGGGAGAAGAUGAUGAGCUUGUCUACUUCCAAGUUCAGCGGAGAAGCCAUGACAGCCGUGACAAACGACAAUAAGCUGUAUUUCGUAAGCGGUCGGGGUGUAUUCUCCAAGGAAGGAGUCGUGUAUGACCUUGCGACCGACUCGUGGUCGGAUAUGGCUCCGGGCCUGAAGAGAGGCUGGACUGGUCCGUGCGUAGCCGUGAAUGGAAGAUUCUACUUGCUGGAAACCCCAGCAGGGAGGCUGAAGGUGUACGUUCUGGAGAAGGACGAUUGGGAUGUGAUCAUGGAGGAUGCGAGGCUGGGAAAUCUGGAGAUGUUCGUCGGAGCGAAGGGCAAGAUUGUUUCUAUUGUAGGGCUAGGGAUGGAUACUCAGCCAAGUGCAGGGAGCGUUCUGCGAGUGAUCGACAUUGCUUCUGAGGCUCCGCAAAUUUACGAUAUUCCAGUGAAUGAGGGGAAGGUUAUCUCGGUGCAAGUUCUGGGAAUGAUGGGUCGUCGUCCCAAUCCAUAAAAUUAGCAGAGACUCUCAUUCGAAAAAGUCAUUCAAGUAUUGACUGCACGCAUGCUCAGUAAAGUCAAUCUGCAACUUGUACGAGAGAUGCUGUCCCAGGCAUCGGCUACGGCUUCAACUUGCUGCUACGAGAUAUCUCGAGAACCGCACCAUGUUUAGGCCGAAUACUGUGCUCGCCCUGGACAAAAAUCAAUUAUCCCUGACCCCAAAUCAGCAAGGAGAUGAAGUCCACUAUUCCUCGCACGAGCUAAUCGUAUGAAUCGAAAUUCAAAGCACUAGAUCGGGAUAUACUGAUGCCCAAUACUUUGAGCCCUCUGUCUGACUUCACUUAUCAACAUGAGCAUAUUAACCUUUUA